CUCCGGGACCAGGCUCGCGGCCAGGGAGCAUCGGUUGCACACUUCUCUAUCUCCCUGGAGCUCUGCACCAGCUGGCUCGGGAUCUAGAUUCCAUCUGGGUCGCUGCAACUCUCUCUUAGGUCCUCGGCUCGCGCCCCUCGCCCGAGCCCCGGGGCUCGCGCCUUCCCGGGAACGUUCCAUUCCGGUCCUCUUGCUCCACUCGCCCGCCUUACCCGAGCCGCCGCGAGCGCCCCGCCUGCCCCUCCAGCCCCGAGACGUUUGGGGGGCCUACCUGUCGUGCACCCUGGAGCUCCUAGGCGAGAGAAGCUACCAACUCCUCUGCUUCCUGGCAGUCGUCUGGGGCUGCAGCGGUCGCUUGCCUGCUGAAGGUCCAGGAGUAUUGCCAGGAGGCCUGCAGAAGUGAUGUGAUCUGAGACCGUAUGAAGGUACAGCUGAGUAAGUUUGCCCACUGGAUUUGGCUCUGCCUGCAAGACACCACCAUCGAUUGCCCUUGUGGACUGGGCAUUAACCACGAUAUCCCAGCAAUAGCCCCAGCCUGAGCAGUCACUUGUUUCCAUUUCAAACAGGCCAGCAAAGACUGUUGCGUGGCAGGGGAGUAUGUGUCUGCAUGAAUGUCUUCUUUUUUGCUGUUGUUAACUUGGUGCCCCUUGUUUUGGCCUUAUCCCAUCUCCUCGAAGUGAUCUACUGCCUUUGCCUCAGAACACCCUUUGAAGAGGCACCUCCUCAUCAAAUUUGCCCUGUCAUUCUGGCUGCUUCCGUCACCACGUGGGUAAAACGGGCACCCUACAAACAUGGCAGACGAAGACCUUAUUUUUCGCCUGGAAGGCAUUGACAAUAGCAGGUCACUUCACUCCCAUCAUGCUGGCUUUUCUGAUGAUGACAGUGAUGGGGAGGAUAGCUAUUACAUCUGCCCCAUCACAGACGACCCUGGCUGUAACAAGAUUGCUAAUUCCAAGGUCUCUGACUACUACAGCAACUUAACCAAGAAUGAACAAUAUGGAUCCAGUUGUUCUCCUGGAAAUUCCUUCCACUUUAAGGAAACUUGGAAACAUGCCAUUGAGAAAGCAAAACACAUGCCUGAUCCCUGGGCUGAAUUUCAUCUCGAAGACAUUGAAACAGAGUGUGCUACUCGUCACAGGUACAAUGCAGUCACUGGGGAAUGGGUCGAGGAUGAAGUUUUAAUCAAGAUGGCAUCACAGCCCUUUGGACGUGGAGCAAUGCGGGAGUGUUUCAGGACGAAAAAGCUGUCUAAUUUCCUGCACACUCAACACUGGAAAGGUGCUUCCAACUACGUGGCAAAGAGGUACAUCGAGCCUGUGAACAGAGACGUGUACUUCGAGGAUGUGCGCCUGCAAAUGGAGGCCAAACUCUGGGGCGAGGAAUAUAACCGACACAAGCCCCCCAAGCAGGUGGAUAUUAUGCAGAUGUGCAUCAUCGAGCUGAAGGACCGGGCAGACAAGCCCCUUUUUCACCUGGAACACUAUAUUGAAGGCAAAUACAUCAAAUAUAAUUCCAAUUCGGGUUUCGUCCGGGAUGACAACAUCCGCCUAACCCCACAGGCCUUCAGCCACUUCACCUUCGAACGUUCUGGCCAUCAGCUGAUUGUAGUGGACAUUCAGGGAGUGGGAGAUCUCUACACUGACCCACAGAUCCAUACAGAGACGGGUUCAGACUUUGGAGAUGGCAACCUAGGUGUGCGAGGCAUGGCCUUGUUCUUCCAUUCUCAUGCCUGCAACCGGAUUUGCAAGAGCAUGGGCCUCACUCCCUUUGACCUCUCACCAAAGGAGAAGGAUGCUGUCAGUCAGAACACAAAGUUGUUGCAAUCAGCUCAGACCCUUGUUCGGGGCACAGAGGAAAAGUGUGGCAGCCCAAGGGUGAGGACUUUCUCAGGGAGCCGUCCACCACUGCUUUCCCGCCUUUCGGAGAACUCUGGAGAUGAAAAUAUGAGCGAUGUGACAUUUGACUCCCUCCCUUCCUCUCCUUCAUUCACACCACACAGCCAGAGAAUAGACCACCUCCACUGGCCACAAUUCAGUGACGUUGAUAACCUGGGGCACAAAGACCACGAUCACCUGGAUAACCGUCGAGAUUCUGAGAAUGGUGGGGACAGUGGAUACCCCAGUGAAAAGAGGAACGAACUGGAAGACAUAGAUCCCCGAGACAGGGCCCAAUCAAAUGGCAACCGGAAACAGUAUGAAUCUGAUGAAGACAGUCUGGGCAGUUAUGGAAGGGUCAGUGUGGAGAAAUGGAAUCUCUAUAACUCUGCCAGGCUUCACCUCCAGAGGCCAUCCUGUGUUGCUGUGGAAAUGCAGAGACUUAAUGAUCUGGACCUUGAAAGGAAAAUCGGGAAGUCCAUUUUGGGGAAGGUUCACCUGGCCAUGGUGCGUUACCAUGAAGGAGGGCGCUUUUGCGAGAAAGACCAGCCCUGGGAUCAAGAGUCAGCUGUCUUCCACCUGGAACAUGCAGCAGACCUGGGGGAGCUUGAGGCCAUUGUGGGGCUCGGGCUCAUGUACUCCCAGCUCCCCCACCAUAUCCUAUCUGAUGUCUCCUUAAUGGAAUCAGAGGAGAACAGAACAAAAGGAUUUGAUUACUUACUGAAGGCUGCAGAAGCAGGUGACAGGCAUUCUAUGAUCCUUGUGGCAAGAGCCUAUGACACAGGCCUGAACCUCAGCUCUGACAGAACACAAAACUGGAAGGAGGCCCUACACUGGUAUGAUACUGCAUUAAACACAACAGAUUAUGAUGAAGGAGGUGAAUAUGAUGGAAUACAGGAUGAACCCCGACACACACUCCUGGCAAGAGAAGCUGAAAUGCUACUUACAGGUGGCUUCCAGCUAGAGAAGGAUCCAAAAAAAUCAGGUGACCUUUACACUGCAGCUGCAGAGGCUGCCAUGGAAGCCAUGAAGGGCCGUCUAGCCAAUAAGUACUAUGAGAAGGCCGAAGAAGCAUGGGCAUUGAUGGAGGAAUAGCCCACUGAAGUUUUUACCACCAUCCUUGUACAUAUUGGGCGGGGAGGGAUUUUUUUUUUCAAAAGCUGGAAGGGAGAAAAAGACUUUGUUCAUUUGUCCCUAAAAAUGCAUUUUUAAUGUGUUGUGAAACUGACUUUUGUAUUUCACAUUUGGACUUUUGGAUUUCCUUUUGCUAUAAGCAAAGAAACAUAUACAUGCCUGUGAAGGCAGUAUAUUGGUUGGGGUGAAAGAGGGAAGGGAUAAACAGAAGUAGUGUCAUGAACUUAGACCUACUUUUUGAGGUUAUAUUACCAAUGAACAUAAUCUUUUUUUAAAAUAUAUUUUUUAACUGUUAGAAUUGAGUGAGCUUCUUCCUUUCCAAGAGAAGAAGCUAUAUAUGUUGAGCUGUGUUCACUCCUUCCUGUCUUCUGUGAACAAUGUUAAUAUUUUGGUCACCAAAACAACCUUGGCCGAAUGGAGGAAACCUUAGGUUUCAUGACUCCAAAGACUCUUUCAUUUCUUGAGGUAGGAAGAAUCUUCAGGUUUGCCUUCCAUGGAAAGCAUACUGAUUGGGGAAGCUAUUAAGUUUGGAAAUAGUCUGAAAUAAAGUUAGAAAGUCUCCUCCUAUGGAAUUAUUCCUCCAGAUUUCCAUGGGUGCCCAAGUUAGGAGGGAAUGUAGUUCACUUAAGCUCUUUCCACCAUGGGGAGCUUUCUGCUGAUUUUCUCUCUAUUCAUUCAACUCAGAUGCCUUUAUUUUUAAUGUUUUGACUAUUACUAUUACACAGCAAAAAGAAAAAAAUAUAUAUAUAUAUACUAUUUUGAAUUAUAUUUCCUUCAGCAAGCUUUUAAAUAAGAGGUUUGAUAACGUAUGCAACAUAUUUCUACCUCCAAGUCUUAAAUUAUCUAGUGGGGAGCAGGAUAGCUAGAAAGAAAAUGUUUGAGAAAAUGAUAUUGUUGCAUGUUUGAGCUUUUUUUUUUCAUCCUAGUAGAAAUUUAUUCAGCAUCUUAAUGUAAAAACAAACACACCACACCACUGAAGACCUUUGUAUGGUAUACCAUUCCUGGCCUUCAACAUCCAUCAGAUUUUCUUCAUUAUUACCUUUUGUCUGAAUCGUCACUGAUCUGAAUGUAAUUUUCAGCUCCCUAGUUCCAUUUAUAGUCCAUUGAGAACUGUAUUGCAAGUAAGGGAAAGACUUGUUCAUUCAUACUCAGCUUAUUCAGUUUGUUCACACAUGGCCAGACUGAAAUUUAUCUUUGCUUAUCCAGUUUUCUCUUCGGAGACUGAAAGUUAAUAGUAUAAAUAAAAUUUCAGGGCAAGUGUUUUAAAAACAUGGAUAAGAACAAACUUAUCAUUUAGUCUGAAGCACUUUAGUAGCAUCCAUCUCCAUGGAAAUAAGCGAUAUGCUAAUUACAAAGCAUUUUUAUCUGGUCAUUGAAGAAUGUCCUCUAAGGAAUACUACUGGGAAGCACUUUUGUUAGUCUGGUUUGAAUUGCUGUAUGUCCUUGAAAGUAAUAAAAAUUCAUUUCUUUAAA